AUGUCUUCUUCAUCAUCACACUCCUCUCCAUUUCCUUUGUAUUGCCGUUGCAAUGAAAAAACUCAAAUACGCGUUUCGAAGACGAGCACAAGUCCUGAAAAAAAGUUCCAUGGAUGUAAGAAGUGGAAUGAUGGUGGUUGCAACUUCUUCAAAUGGUGUGAAAAUACAUCGACCACCCACUCGCAAGAGGCAUCGGAAUCGAUCUUGGAAUUGGAGCGUAAGUUUUCUCUGAUUGAAGAGAAUAAAACAUCAAUGGUAGAGUUGGAGCGGAAGAUUUUGAUUCUUGAAGCAGAAAUGAAGGCCUUGAAAAAAUCGAACAAUUCUGAAUCAUCAGCUACUUUGAAGAAACUGAGAUGCCUGGAAUUUCUCAUGUUAUCACUUGGUUGGUCUGUUUUUUCAUUGUUGUGA